AAAAAAGUCCACAACAAAGCGAUCAAAAACUUAUCAGUUUUCCUCUCUGAUUCUAAAGAUGCGCUUCCACCGCCGGAGUUGGCAAGAUUGUGGAAAGGAAUAUUUUAUUGCUUCUGGAUGUCUGACAAGCCCUUGAUUCGGCAAGCUGUCGCAACCGAGCUUACAGAACUUGUGUUGACUAUCACGUCAACGCCAGCUGCGCUUUCGUUUCUAAGUUGA